AUGGCUGCAUUGGAACGCUUGUCUGCCCCGUCCAUGUCGAGGAUGCCUGCUCUAUCUGGCAGCUCUACCACGGGUGGUAGCUCGACAGGCCCUUCCUCGAUCUCAUCCGCUCUGUGUACACCCGACGACGAUCCCUACCUGGAGUCCUUGAACGACUUCUUCGCGAAGACCCCAAAGCAUUGUCAUGAUGGUAUUACCACAAAAGCGCUAUACGAAGACGACUGCCUUCAGCCUACGCAUUUAAUGGACCCUCCCACUUCGAAGACUAUAUCGCUCUCUCGGGUUGUAGCGAGAGCCAAGAGACUAGGGAAGACCUUCGGUAUUCGUAAGACGCCACGAAAGUUCGGUACGCGUGCUUCGGGUAUUUCUGUCCAUAUUACGCAGAACGUACAUUGCGAUACCGCAGAUGACACACUGCAUUCUCCGAAUGUCAGUGUUGAUCGACUGGCACGCGAAGCGCGGUCAUCUAGCUAUAUAUCGGAACGUGAGACCCAAUUUGAAUUGGCACAACAGGCUGAUCCCUUCGACGUUGACGUCGACGAUGAUGACUUCAUCCCUCAAGAGUUUCUGUCAUAUCUUCGCGGGCCGUGGACACGACGAAGGCUCAUACACUCGUCCCUCAGGCUCAUCCUCUUCCUUCCGUGGUGCGUCGCUGUCGGCGGUGCCAUCCUCCUAUCCCCAGAUCGACUCGAGACCAUCGCGUUUACGCCGGGAUACAUGGCUUCAGAGCGAGGCACUCGUCGUUUCCGCUACUGGGCACACUGCGCAGGACCUCACAUCUGCAUCUUCUUGGCUUUCCUAGCCGUAACGUUCUGGUGGAACGCGUUUGCCGGCACAAUGAUCGCCGGCGCGGUCGCGGCCAAGGCUGUUUAUGUCUGGGGCGACUUCCAGUUCGACCCUAGCAUCCAGUUGGGCCACGACGACAAGCAAAGUGUAUACCUGGCUGUGUUCAAAGCGUACAUGGAAGAAGGUUUCGUUCUACACGUUGACGAUGACAGUAUUACGAUGGGAGAACAGGAAGAUUAG